GUUUGAUUUAAGCACAAUCUUUAGUUGGAACCCCAAGAGAUGAAUAAAAUUUUAGGCAACUGGUACGUGGCCGGCGAGUGCCGUGCUCCGGGCCUGCUCAGCCCGGUGGAGAGCGAAAUUCUGAGCGCCAGCGACAACGUUGACUUUGGCGAGGUGGAGGAGCCCGAUCUGGAUCUGGCCUACGAUCAACUGGAGGCCAUCAAGCGGCGUCUUAAGCAGCUGCAAGCCCACUUGAUCUACCCGCCCGCCGAUCCCUGCGAGCUGACGGGCACCAGCCGCACCGCGUCCGAGGACCACGGCUGUCUCACAGACAAACAGUUGAUGCUCCAGCAGCUGCGACGCAGCAACUCUAAGCUGCGCUGCCAGCUGCGACUUCAGGCGCAGCAUCUGCAGAGCUCCCGCAAACAUCUGCGGCUGCUGGAGGACAUGCGCUGCCAGCUGGGCAACAGGCUGCGCCAGAUGAGCGCCCAGCUCGACGAGUUAGAGCAGUUCAAGCAAUCCAUCCAGCACCAGGCUGGCCUCUGUAUCGAGCGCAACGAGCAGAUCAAGGCGACCAAAAUCGAUAAGCAGAAUUUCCAGACGGAGCUAAGCAAGCUCAGCAUCCAUUCCAGAAAUCACAUGCGCCUCAUGGCGCCCCUGCGCUGCCACAAUCAGCUCCGAUACGAUCUUAGCCUCGACUUGAUACUCACGCGCAUCUUCCUGCAUGCGCUCUUCGGCAACAUGGUCGAGGACUGGAAGUUCUGCAUUCGCCGUCUCAAAAAGAAUUGCCGCGGCGUUAAGCUUCGCAUGCUGCCGCCCACGGACUUCCCCCCGAUCUGGCCCUGGCGUGAUUAAAAUGUUGACCCAAGUUUCGGUCAUUAAUUGUUUCAAAAA